AGUUAGGGAGGGAGCCGUUCAUAAAUGCGAACUAGUGUCAGGCAACAUGCUACUUUGUAUUUUUUUUUUGCGUGUCCGUGUUUCCACGUGUGCGUGGUUGUGGAUAUAUGCACCCGAGAACACGUGCAAAGUCUUUAGUUGACGGAGAGCGCGAGGGGAUUAUAAGGGAAGGAAGUACGGCCACUUCUCUCUGAAACUUGCUACACACAGGCAUGGCACUGUGUGGGGUGAAAGGGACACGCUUCCUGGGGCCUAAUGUGUACCCAGAGGCCCCUGAUGGAGGCUGGGGAUGGGCAGUGGCUGUGGCCUUCUUCCUGGUGGAGGUUUUCACCUAUGGCACCAUCAAGAGCUUUGGCAUUUUCCUCCAGGACCUAAUGGAGGAGUUUGGGGAGACCAACAGUCGGGUCUCCUGGAUUGUUUCCAUCUGCGUGUUUGUCAUGACCUUCAAUGCUCCUCUCUCAUCCGUGUUGACUAACCGCUUUGGGUUCCAGUGUGUUGUUAUGGUUGGAGGAUUGCUUAUUUCUUCAGGUACCAUAGCCACCAGCUUUACCAGCUCCGUCAAUCAAAUGUACAUCACCUAUGGAUUAGUUGCAGGCCUGGGCUACUGUCUGGCCUUCCUUCCCACCGUGACAAUCCUUUCGCAGUACUUUACCCGUCGACGGUCUCUGGUCACAGCUGUGGCUUCCACUGGAGAGCCCCUGUCAUUGUUUGCCCUGACGCCAGCCUUUUCUGCACUGAAGGGCCACAUUGGCUGGCGACACACCAUGGCAGUAAUAGGUGCUUUGCAAAGCAUCAUCAUCAUCUGUGGUGUUCUGCUCCGGCCGAUCGUUAUCAAACCAGGAACGACCCGUGAGACAGAGACUGACAGACUGUCUCCAAAGGAACUUGAGGCCCUCGGUACAAAAAAGAAUGUAGAGGGCACAAACCCAGAAGACUCUAUAACAAGCAAUACCUCACAUACACAUAAUACUGCCCACAGUCUGGACAACGAGCUAACCAGAGGCUCCGUGAGCACUGGAGACUCUGGUGUCCAGUCUUUGAAGGAUGCAGACAACAGUAGCCCACACACGUCUGUGGAAAACAGUCUUACAGAGAUUACAGAGUCAGAGGAGAAAAAGAACAAAGAUGCAGAGAAACCAGUGGUGAAAGACCAGGAGCUGAAAUCAGGUGAUGAAAAGCUGCUGGCCAAGAAUUCGAAACUUCUAGAUUUCUCCAUCCUCAGAGAGUGCAGCUUCAUUUUCUAUUCACUGUUUGGACUGUUCGCCACACUUGGCUUCUUUGCCCCUCAGCUCUACAUCAUUGAGCUGAGUGUGAGUCGAGGUGUGGAGCGGGACCGUGCCACUUACAUGCUCUCCACCAUGGCUGUGGCUGAACUCUUUGGCCGAUUCUCCAUUGGGUGGAUCCUGACGCGGAAGCAGCUCAUGAAGAGGAAGCUGCUUGUGCUUCUGGUGUGUGUCAUUACAAUGACUAUGGAUCUAGUGGGAUUUACUUUUGUCACGGAGUUCUACGGCCUGGCUGUGUGCUGCGCUUUGUAUGGUUUCUUAAUGGGUACCCUAGCGUGCACCCACAUCCCCAUGCUGGCUGAGGAUGAUGUGGUGGGCAUAGAGCGGAUGUCUUCAGCUGCUGGUGUCUAUGUGUUCAUACACAGCUUUGCUGGGCUGGCUGGACCCCCACUUGGAGGCGUGCUGGUGGAUGUGACUCAAAACUAUGGAUCAGCCUUCUACUCCUGUGCGGGCGGCAUGGCAAUUAGUGCCGUGUUCCUGGGUCUGGUAAAACCUGCCAAGAGAGGAUUACUCUGCUGGAGAAGGAACUCAAAACGCUCUAAAGAUAUAUAUGAAAAGAAAGGGGACUGUGAGGAACAGAGUGCAGUUCAUAACCUGGACAAAAGAUCUGACAGUCUGGAACAUUGUUCUGAAGUAGAUGACAGCUUGAUCCCCAGCAUGGCGGAGGCCACAAGAGAUGUCGAGGAGGUUAUACGUUUUGCUUGAGCUGAUAACACGAUAAUAGGGAAAUAAGAGUGCCAAGCCAUAUGAGGGUAAGAGGUUAUCUAAAGACAGUUGCUGGGAAGUGCUAACAUGACAUGAAUACAGUGAAGAGAAAGACCACUUAUUAAGUGUUAAUCAUCAUUGUAGAUCUGUGCUCUGAGAGCAAUCUCGAGAACUUUUAGAUCACAACAUGAAUGUAGCAUUUGUGCCUUACGUGAUCACGAGUGAUCUAACAUUAAUGAAGGUGCCUCAGUUUUAGAUACUACAGAAACGAAACGCAACACUGAUACCUGAUGAACUAAUUACCUGCUGGUGAUCAAUGAUAACCAGAAAAACUGACACAAAUGUAGCUGCAAGACCAAUUAAUUGCACAGAUUCUGUAACGUGUGUUAUAGAAAAUACCUAAAAGCUCAGGAAAUAACAUGAUUAAAAGUCUUUAUUUUUAAUCAAACUUUAAGCUGUUAAUGUGAUAUGAGAUGUCAGACUCAAACUAUUUUUGUAAUGAAAAUGUGUUCAAUCGCAAUAAAGCGACAGAGUGAUUUGAACCUCUAAA